UCUAUAAAAAAAAAAAAUCAAUAUGCCACUUGCUAUAUGCUAGAGAGAGGGAGAAAAGGAAAAAGAAAUAGUAGGAAGGUGAUGGCACACGACACGAGUCAUCGAGGUGUCAUCGCCUUUCUCUAAGAAAGAGAAGGAGUUAUAUUCUUUUUAUUCUACCUUUUUCUCUUUUUUCUUCUUCUUCUUCUUCUUCUUCUUCGUUGACGUCUUCCUCAUCUUUUUUCACGAGGUUUCCUUCUCUACUAGUGGGAGGUACUAAAAUUAGAGAAGACGGUGCGAAAAACGGUCCAGUCUUGUAGCUUCUUUCGAACACUUCCAAAUGAUCCUUCGUAGCGAUAACACGUUUUCGCGAGCAUCUCGCCGGUGAGUAGUUUGAUAUAUACGGUUUAAAAAAACAGAACAAGUCGUUUCGUAAUAUCGAUCAUCGUAGCGCCGUCAUGAGUCGCCGAAGAGAAAAUCGACGUAUCUUGGUUCGAUUCUCAAACGGACGAUAAAUUACGAGCAAUCGAUUUUUAGAAAUCGAUGAAAGUUCUGGGAUAUUUCUAAAGUGGAUUCGUUUUGGCCACCCUUUCGAAAUGUCUCAAAUAUCGAUCCAUGGAAGAUUUAUAGUUAUUAUCAUUGUCAUCUGUACUAUCAAUCUUACGAAAGUUGAGGGUAGAAAGUGCGUCUGCACGAGCAAAGAUUGUAAAGAAGCUGGGGAAGACACCUGCGAGACAAAGUACUACUGUUACACCGAAUUGAUUCUAUUUACUGAUCAGGAAUUUGGGGAAAAUACGACCACGCGAGGAUGCACACAGAGCCCAACGCCAUUGUUGUGCGAGACAAAGUCUUGGGUCACGAGGUCAAAGCUAUCAACGUCGUCGUCGUCGUCGUCAAAAGACAACGACGAGAUCGUUGAAAAUCGUCAUGUCUCGUCGACAAGACUUUGGAUACGUAUGUCCUGGCCAAGAUUAAAGUGUUGUGACAGUCAAGAUUAUUGUAACGCUGAUCAUCUCGGCGACUUGUCCACGUGGAUACGCGAAAGAGAAAAAGAAGAAGGGAAAAAGAGAAAGAAGAUCAAGGAAAAAGGAGAAAAAGUGGGAAAGGAAGAGAAAUUUUCAUUCGGAAGAAUGAAUCAAAAUAAUAAUUUAACAUCUAACGCAGGAAUAGAUCAAAACGACGAUUUACAAUCGAGCAAUAAAUUUAACCAAAAUAACAAUCUGAUAUCGCUAAACUCAAGUAGGUCGUUCACGAAUUCUUCGAGUAGCAGUCAAGAUCAAAUUAUUUCGAUCUCUUCGGAGUCGAUAUCAACGAUCAACGAAAAUCUUGAUUCAAAUCAUUUUCUGCAACAUCGGGUAAGGCCGCUCCACGUCGCUGUUUUUGUACUUGCUAUAUCUGCAUUGAUAUCCGUCCUGGCUGCCUGCUACGUCAUUAUGAGAGCUUUAUCUUCUCUACGUCGUACGAGUAGGAAGGAUAAGAAAAAUGCUUUGCUAAAGGAAACAUGUUGGAGGAAUAUUUUGCGACUCGAGUUGCCGAUAAUCUUGGAAUAUAAUAAAUGUUAAGGUUCUUGAAGAAAAAUUCGUACAUAGCUGACAGCAUGGAAUAAUAAUGUGAUAUAUCAAUGGAUAUAUUGCUUCUUAUUUAAUUCUUUAAUAUAAAACUAGGAUGACGAAUCAAGAAGCUUCGUCCUAUUUGAAAAAUUUGUCUUCAGCGUGGGUCGUCGGGGCAUAACACAUGGAUGGCUACGAGACAAAGAAUAUUUCGUGAAGCACUCGACGGAGACAGUUUCCUGGCAAACAUAACGACUCGUUUGGCGCCUAUCUCUAACGUUCCUAUGUGCAUCAUGACGCAGCCAUGUGGAGACCAAUGUCCUUCGAAAUUCCAUCUACUUAGAAAACAGGGACUAAAGGUUUUACGAACAUUGGUACCAGGUGUUCCAACGAUUUUAACAUUAUUAUUAGUCAUCGUUAGGGUAGCUUUCCUAACACUCGAAAAGGUUAUAAAUGCUCGUCGAAAGAAAGGGAAACUCGAAACUUGAAUGUAGAAAUCGUUUUCGUUUGAUUAUGAGAACUACUUUUUUUAAUUUUUCUCUAUCGUUCGAUUGUGCGAUUGUCACACAUCGAAACUACUCUAAAGCGUUAUAGCUUUUUCUUCUAUUUAUAAAUAGCGUGUAAAUAACUGCAAUUGUAAAUGCACGUUUAUACCAUAUAUAUAUAUAUAUAUAUAUAUAUAUAUAUCUUAUGAUCGAUGAGAUUCGUAAAUUAAUUGAUUCGUGUUAACAGAGUGUUUCUUAAGUACUCUUAAUAUCUUAUUGCUACGUGUUAUGCUUCGAGGAAAAUGUUAGUCUGUUGUUUAUUACGAAAUUUUAUAGCGAUUACUCAAAUUUAACUACGAGUACUUGAGUAACACUCCCAAGAGAUAUGAGUAUAUAAAAGCGAUUUAUAUUUUUUGAAUAAGUAUAAAAUAUUUAAUUAAGCGCGAUUAAAUUCAAUCUCGUUUCGAUAGGCGAGUAAUUAUCAAGGAAGGAAUACGUAUAUUUUGUAAGUGUGCGAUACCGAAAUAAUCGAGCAUGAUUUAAAUUCAAGCAGAAAAAGCGUGACAAGAUGAAAAAGAGCAAGCGAGAGAGAGAGAGAGAGAGAGAGAGAGAGACAGAAGACUGGUCGUGGCGCGUUCGAUUUGUUGGCCUAAAUGAGUCACGUAGAAUGCAACAAGACGGGAAUAAGAUCUUACGGAGCGAAUACAGGCCGUCCGACGGUAGCUGGCAUCCGGGAACUUGAGUUGGACAGCGCUCUACGAUCAGAUAUGUCGAGUGAAAAGUAAAUAUAUUUAGUGAGAAGGACUUCACUAGAUAGAUUUACCAACACAUCCAUCCAAAUGAUCUCUCGGAAGUUUUUGCUAAAGAAAACUUUCUUGCUCUUUUUCUGUGAAUACUUUCGUUGAGAAGCAACAUAAAUCAACGAUAAAGUUUCUUCCUCCAUAAUUUUUGAAAAUGUUCACUAUCACGAUUCUAACACGAUUUCAGAGAUAGCCAUAGAGAUAUAUUUUUGCAAUAUGCAAAUAAGAGAAAGAGAGAGACUUAAAGAGAUCGGUCUACCACGGUUAUUAAGAAUCGAUAACACAAAUGCAAGGACAAAUCUCGAGAGUUUCAAUUUAUAUUCCAGAAUAUCCAGCGUGACGUAUAAAAUAUAUAUAUGUGCGUGUACAAUACAAACGUACCACUAAAUAUAACAACUCGACACGUUUUGCGAAGGCGUACAAGCAACGCACUCGUUUAUGUAUUUCCUUUGCAUUCGCUUAUCCUUGCAAGUUGCGCUUAACGCGAAGGAACGAAUAUACGGGAACAUUUUCCUUGGCCACUCUUGCUAUCGAGAAGUAAAUAUAUUGUACGUACCCCUAUCUAUAUAUUAAUGUAUAUAUUUUUUCUCGAUAUCUUUGAAGAUUUGCGAGAAUGCCCCGUGAUGAACUUUGCUCAUGAUGGGAGAGAGAGAGAGAACAGAACGAGAACGUUGAGAAUUUCGUGUCGGUAAUAAAAUUUAAAGAAGAGUCGCCGAGACUUCAGAUAAUACGAUUAAAAAAAAUACAGAUAAAGAGAGGGGGAGAGGAAGGGAGAGAGAGAGAGAGAGAGAGAGAGAGAGAGAGAGAAAGAGAUAAGGCAAACUCGUCGAAAGCUUGCCGUUGUUUUAUUUGUGCAUGCACACAUACACAGUUAUAUCUAUGUAUUGUGUGUCCAUAUGUCACAGAUGUAUAAUUGUGUAUAUACGAAUAUAUUAUGUGGAUAUGUGUGCGAAGUAAAAGGGCGCCAAGAUACUUCUGCCCCUCGUACGCGUUACAACACCCGCCUCGCCGGAGCGAUAAAGGAAUUACAAGAGUACGAAUACAAGCGCGAACGCCGGCGCGAUAAAAGGAAUUUGAAUUUCCUGAAGCGUGAGAGCAAAGAUACUACGCGGCAAUAAUACGGGCCAAUCGUAAAACAUCUGUUCAUCUGUUCUUAUUUUUCUAACGUUCUAUCGGUUCUUCUUCUUUUUCUUUCCUUUUUUCUUUUUUGUUUUGUUUUAAAAGAAAUUAAAAUAUCCAAAUUUUAAAUUUAUCAAAUCUUCGUAAUAAAAAUUAUCAUAUGAAUUAAUAUCCUAUUGUCCGAUAUUCUUAUUUGAAAUAAAAUUGAAGAGUCAAUUGCGGUUAGGAUGAUGAGGCUCUAGUAGCGGCAUUAAUGGCUCACGAAUUACUCCUGUCCAAACAAUAUCGAUCCACCUCACGAAAUCAUUUUACCUUUGUAUCGAUAACGAGCGAAACGAAGAAAAGGGAUGGUCGGCUUGUUUUAUUUAUCUGUCUAUAGGUAUAUGUACAUACAUACAUACACACACAUAUAUAUAUAUAUAUAUAUAUAUAUAUAUAUUCCAUUAAAGUGAGCCUUGUUGUAGGACGUAAAGAGUAGGGGAGAAGGAUCGAACGCCCCGAACCGGUCCUCGAUCUCUCUUUUGGGCCAGGUGCCCAGCGUGGAAUCAAAAGUAAUGUCCCUAACUGAAUGGCUUGACCACCGUACUCGUUUCGCUCGACUAAAAUCAAUCACUCCGCUUAAGCGCAGCGAUUCGACGAGCUCUUUCCACUGUUAGAUUUACCGCGAGCAUCAGCCCCGUCCAGUAUCUUUGGACGAGCAAACAUCUUAGAUAAAUAUCUCUACCUUGUCUAACUCGUCUUUCUACCUUCCUCCUGGAGAAUGACUCCGGCAAGAUGACUUUUUUUUAUACUUUUGCUACCGAUUCUCUUAUAUGAUCGCAUGCUUUUGUCAUCAUCCUAAUGAAUUCCAAGUUUCAAUAUUUCGAUAUUGUAGGUUUCAAUAUUUCGAUCUUGUUUGGUCGAGAUAUAAACGACUUAAUUAAGGAUUUAUAAACGAAUUAGAACUUUCAUUAGUAUUUAAAAAUUUUAUUAAUAUUCGUUACAAGUUUCUAUCCACAUUGAAGUGUGUCUAGAUUUUUAGAACACUCUAAAGAUCUUUCUACAUUGUAGAAAGAUAAAGAGGGUGGAGUCGAUGUACGAUGCCUCGAGGUACGUUUUAACGAGAAACAACAAAUAUGAUCUGUGAUUAUCUAGUUCAACGAUAACUGUAUAUCGUGUAUGCUAACAGCUAUUCUUUUUUCUUGAAAUAACGGAACAAAAGUUGCAACCGUAAAAUCGAGAAUAUAUAAAAAGAAGUCGAAGAGAGAAAGAUAGAGAAAGAUUUCAAUCUCGUGCAGUACGUAUCUGGGACACGCGCGAAUGUUUCAAAGCAUGCGUAUAUGCGAGAGGGGCAAAAAGAAUUCACUCCCAAAAGCGAUAAAAGAACACGAGACGUUUCGUGAUGUUGCGUAGAAGAGGGAUGAUGGGAGAAUGAGAGAGAAGAGGAAACAUCUCGAGUGAGCCCUCCGGCAAAGACUUCGCGGAAUUCGCUUUAAGCGAAUGUAAUUAAACGAACGAAUAAUAUCUAACGUUAAAGCCCGUCCGACGACGUCGCGUAUAAAACCGGUCUCUACCCAGGUGCCUCGAGAUUUCGAUCGAUAGAUCGAUUCAUCGAACAGUUGUGUCGCGCGCGAAAAGACAAUGGAAUCAACGAAAUCGCUGGCUAAAGUUAUUAUUUCGUAAAGUUGAUUUGACAUAAUAAUUUUAAAUUUUGAUAUAAUUCAUCUUCCUCUUAUAUACAUACAUACACAUACAUACAUACAUACAUACACACACACACACACAUAUAU